UAUCCAAGGACUAUUUUACAAGCUGAAACUUGCUAAAUGGUAUCUCCAUCCAGUCGAUUGUAGAAACAUCUUUAGCUGCUGGAUCGGUAUUUGUAAUAUUCAUUUGUGACACAAUACAGUGUUUGUUGUUGGCGAGCGAACCUGUGUAUUUUAAUCGUCUUCGUGAAUUAUGCACCUCAAAUCUUUGGUCUGAACCUUAUUUUAAAUCUUUAAACCGCGAGAAAACUGGCAGUUAACAAUGUCUUAUGCUGCAUAUCUGUUGGUUUUCCUAUCAUUUGGAUUCAAUUUUGUUGAGCCGCUUGACUCCAGUAACAAGAUAGCGAAAUCGUCGACAGACAAUGAAUUAUCAAAAGUAAAAUCCGAAAGCAUGAUGAGAGCCGAAGAGGGAUCAUCGAAUCAUAUAUUCGAUUUUUCUCGAAUUAAUGCUCGGAAGCUUUUGGAAGUGAGUACUGAACCCUCAUCAACAGACACGCCUGAAGGAGAUCUCACUUUGGGUGAUAAAAUUGCGAAUUUUUACGCCGAUGACAAUAAUAUGGCUCUUUAUUGUGUAUUGCCAUUAUUGAUUCUUGUUUAUGGUGGCUGCUCUGUUAUAUACUGCGUUCAUAAAUGUAGAAGGCAUUUCAGAAAGAAAAAUCGAACCGCAAGCACUAACCAAUUAUUAGGAGAUAAUGUUUCUCUUAUAUCUGACGGUGAUGUUAACGCUCCUGCACCUAAGAAACGAAGACCAAUAUCUGCUCGAAGCAAUCGUAUAGCGCCUGAACCAGAGAUUAAACCAGUAACUGUUCAUCCAAAGCUCAAAAUGUCACCUAACGAACAAGUAAGAGAUUUGCUCACCGACUACGAAUUCUUUACAUCAUGGGUGAUAGCACAGAAAACCGCAGAUCUUCUCAAGUUGCACGGAGGAAAAAAUCCUGGUUCCUCUCUUUGUCCAACAGAUUCAAAUAUUUCUCAAAGCUAUGGAAGUGCAGUUGGAGGCAAAAAAAAGAAGCUGGUAUUUUUGUCCUAACUGAUAUAUAUAUAUAUAUAUUUAUACACAUAUUGCGUGUGCUGUAUGCUCAUAUUGAUAUUUAUUCUCUUUUAAAUAUUUUCUUCAAUAUUCAGUCAACAUUCACAUAAAACGAUCACCACUUUCUUUCUAAUACAUAAUAGCAACGUUCAUUUGUUUGUGU